GGGCUCACACUUUCUCACACCGAUAUCAACAUUCUCUUAGCGUCUUCCACAUUUCAAUCUUCUCAUUUUAAGCUCUUUGAUCAUCAUGGGUGUGUUCACUUAUGAAACUGAGUUCACCUCUGUCAUCCCACCACCAAGACUCUUCAAGGCCUUUGUCCUUGAUGCUGAUAACCUUAUCCCCAAAAUUGCCCCACAGGCUGUGAAGAGUGCCGAAAUAGUUGAGGGAGAUGGAGGAGUAGGAACCAUCAAGAAGAUUCACCUCGGUGAAGGCAGCGAAUACAGCUAUGUGAAGCAUCAGAUUGAUGGACUUGACAAAGACAACUUUGUUUACAACUAUAGCAUUAUUGAGGGGGAUGCUAUCGGAGACAAAGUUGAGAAAAUUUCGUACGAGAUUAAAUUGGUGGCAUCUCCAAGUGGAGGUUCCAUCAUUAAGAGCACCAGCAACUACCAUUGCAAAGGUGAGGUUGAGAUCAAGGAAGAGCAUGUUAAGGCCGGAAAAGAAAGAGCUGCUGGUUUAUUCAAGAUCAUUGAAAACUACCUUUUGGGCAACCUUGAGGCUUACAACUAAAUCGAACCAUGAGAAUGAUACUGCAUUAUAUCAUGGAUAACAACAGUCUGUGUCUUGUCCUUUGGUAAUUGGUGUGGCUUCGAUAUUUUGCCUUUUCCUUUUCAUUUCUGGCAAGCCCAUUUGUUUUUGCUUGCCUUUCGUUUAUGGUGAAUUGUAAUGUUCGAUUUCAUUUACAUAAGAAUAAA